AUGGGUGCAUUCGAUAGAUUCGUGCACAAGCUGCGCCUUCCGUCCUCCGACGUCGCGGAGGCCAAUGUCUGGAUCAAUGAUGACAUCCGGCCCAUGCCGCCGAGCCGGCGCCGGUGGACAAUGUGGACGUUCAUGUCCUUCUGGCUGACGAAUCAAGUGGCUAUCUCCAACUGGCAACUCGGAGCCUCCCUGGUCGCCGCCGGGCUGUCGGUGUGGCAGGCUAUCCUCGCGACCAUCGUGGGCAAGACCAUCACCGCCCUUGUCGCCAUCGGUAAUGGCAUGGUCGGCGCCGAGUGGCACAUUGGCUUUCCCGUCGUCGUGCGCUACGUAUGGGGUGUGUAUGGCCAGUACAUCAUCCUCGUCCAGCGCAUCAUCCUCAGUCUGGUAUGGUUCGCCGUACAGUCGUGGACCGGCGGUCUAUGCUUCGUCAAUAUCCUGUCCGCGAUCUUCCCCUCUUUCGAGUACAUGGGCAACCACUUUCCAGAGUCGGCGCAUAUGACCACAAAGCAAUUCAUCGGGUGGAUCCUUUUCAAUGUGGCUAUCAUCCCCAUCCUCUACAUUAGGCCGGAGCGCAUUCAGAAGCUCCUCGCGGCUUUCAACGCCAUCUCGUCGAUCACCCUGAUCUCCAUCAUGAUCUGGGCCCUCGCAACUGCGAAGGGCGGUGGCGAGCUUUUGACGUCCGGAUCCAAGCCCAUGUCCUCCAGCGAGUUGGGCUGGUCCAUUGUGCAGGGCAUCACCACCGUCAUUGGCAGCAUCGCAGUCGGCCUGACGAACCAGCCCGAUUAUUCGCGCUUUGCGCGCAAGCCCGGUGACCAGAUCUUUGGACAGUGGUUCAGUAUCAUCUUUUUCGGCACGCUGUUCCCUCUCUUCGGCUGCCUGGCCGCCUCUGCGACUGGCCAGAUCUAUGGUGAGGCCAUUUGGAACCCUCCCUUGAUUGUCCAGAUGUGGCUCGACACCGAGUACGGCCCAAAGAGUCGUGCAGGUGCCUUCUUUGCCGGCGUCGGCCUCUUGAUAGUCCAGAUCAGUAUCAACUGCAUCGACAACGCUUUCUCUGCAGGCAUGGACUUGGCCGGUCUCUUUAGUGGCUUCAUCAACAUUCGUCGUGGUGCCUACAUCGGCUUGGUGCUCAGUAUUGCGCUGUGUCCUUGGGAACUACUGAGCUCUGCGGCCGUUUUUAUCAGUGUUCUGUCGGCGUACAGCACUUUCCUCGGCCCCAUCAUCGGUAUCCAUAUGUGCGAGUACUUCAUCAUCCGCAAGAGGCGCGUCAAGUUGACAGACCUGUACCACCCUCGCUCUGACGGCAUCUACUACUUCUACAAAGGGUUCAAUCCACGAGCAUUCUUCUCAUGGGUCUGCGGCUUUGCCACGCAGCUUCCUGGGUUCGCCGCCACCGUCACACCCGACAGCGUCAAGGUUGCUCAGCCUUUGAUGGACAUGUACUACUUGGCCUUUCCUCUGGGAUUCUCCAUCUCCUUUACCGUCCACCUAUUGGUCAACACCAUUUGGCCCCCUGUUGGGGCCGGUGAAAUGGAUGACAUGGAUUACUAUGGCACCUUUACUCCCGAGGAAGCCAGGAAACUCGGUGUCGAGCCACUGCAGACCGAAGUGACAGAAGGAGUGUCAAAAGAUGGGGAGACAGUCGUGGUUGACAGCGAGAAGAAGACACCUCGUAGGACGUUUCACUUCUAA